AUGGGUGAUCGGCUAAGGACAACCUCAAGAGCGAUGCUAAGGAGCAACAAAACUCGCGAUAACAUCAUCUUUUCGAUCAUUUUACUUCUGUUUUCAGGUAAGAGAUGUUUCUUUUUUUCCGUGCUAAAUACCAUUGAAGUACUUAAUAAUUCAUAGAUCAGAAGAAAGUUAUUUAAUAUUGGCGCGUAAAACGAAGAAAAUGUACCCUUCCCUGCCCUCCUUACAGCUUUUUCCCUCGUAUUUAUUUCCGGAAAAUGCCCCGCGGAAAACGCAGGGAAAAGCAUAUCCGACACUGUAAAUUGAAAAAUUUUCUGGGUGAGUAUACCCUUAGCCUUCGCGCAGACGAACCAGAGUUCGUCUGCGCGCAGGCUAAUAUACCCCCAGACCCCCCUUUGUACACUUCUAAAAUCUCACGCUAAGCUCCGACAAUGUAUUUACCACGGAGAUAAAGAUAGUGGAAAGAAGAUCGCUAUUUAAACGAUGCCAUAUGAACCACGUAAAAGUCAAACCGUUUGCAGGGCAAAGCCAGAGUACAUUUAUGCUGGUCUGUAACUCUCAGCUCCGUACGGUAGUCUACAAGCUUCUACAAGUCCUGAACUAAUCCUGUGCUUCAUCUUCUAUUCUUCUCAGGUUUUCUGUUUCGUCAUGUUGAAGGGGGAAACGAUGGUAGGUUUUAAGCAAAGUAUAUAACAUCUUGAAAACAUAUAAACUAUAAGAUCAUGGAAGUACUCAUUCAAGACAUUUCACUAGUAAAAAUUAAAGUUUGAUUUAUUAUAUUAGCUUACUUCAUGAUUCGCACCUCCAAAAAGUGUUUUUAAAAUUCUGUCAAUCGAAGACGAGCUGAUAUUAUGCAUCAUACUUCGUCAAAAUAAAAUGCAUUACCUAGUUUAUAGCCUUCCAAACCGAUGAAAAACGUUUUUCGACGGCUUAAAACUGGUUAUAUGAAUAAAGCUAUAGACUGCUCAGAAUAUAAUGUAAUCAAAAUUGAUCGCACGUUUGAAGUGCGUUUUUUAGUCUAUAAAUGUCUUCCUGGGAUGGAGCCAUUGUACUUACUUAAGUCAAUUGGUCAUUUUGUAGUCGUUCGUUUGGUCAAUGGUGGAUCCAUCUCAGGAGGCCGUGUGGAAGUGUUUCACAAUGGAACGUGGGGAACAGUGUGUGAUGACUACUGGGACCUUAAUGACGCCAAAGUAGUUUGUCACCAACGUGGAUAUGGAAGAGCUAUAAAGGCGUACAUAUCCGCCGCUUUUGGACCUGGAGAUGGAACAAUAUGGAUGGAUGACAUAAAUUGUACUGGUAGUGAGAGAUCAUUAACAGAGUGUUCUCACAACGGUUGGGGAAUAGAAAACUGUGAUCAUAGUGAAGACGCAGGUGUCCUGUGCUCA